AUGGACCAAAUAAACUGGGCAGCGACCAUUGGGGAUUAUAUCAAUCUAGACUAUCUAGGGCUUGAUAAUGAAGCAAAUGACGUUGAAAUCGACCUUCCCGCAACAGAAUCGUCCCUAAUUAGAGACGAAACCGCAGAGAAGUCUGAGGAGGAGCUUGAGGAGGACUCUGAGGAGGACUUGGAGGUAAAUACCCACUUAAUAAGUGGGUAA